AUUACGUGACGUUUGUGUUGGUUCCUUGACGCAAACAAGGAAGGCAAAAUGGCUGACUCUUUGUACGGAUAUAUCGUUGUACCAUAAAUCGUGUCAGACGCAGAGUCGCCAGUACAAAUGCUGUUCGGACGGUGAAUAAUACCAGUUUCAGUUAAGCCAUAUAUGUUGAACCAUGGGCCUGAAGCUAAGCUCACAGAACCCACCCCGUUUGAGAACAUACUCUGGCAGUAGCCCUGGUCCAAGUGGCUCAAAUGAACUUGCAUUAAGUAGAAAUGGAGGCCCUGGUAGUAGUGGGGGUGCUAGAACAAGAGCCCGAAGCCUUGGAAAUUUUCCAACACCUGGACAUUCUUCUACGUUGUCAAUACCGGGGGCAUCAGGUGGUGUGCACAGAAGCAACUCGCCAGAUUCAGAUUCAAGUACUCCGGAAGAUGGAGUGUUCGGCAGGGCCUUUGCGCAUUCAUUACCCGUACAUCUUUUUGCUCUUCAAGAUCGAAGCAAUGUACAUUUUAGAAGUAUAAAGUGUCCAGUGUGCUCAAAAGCAAUUGCAGCUGAUGAUGUGGAGUGUCACCUUGUGAUGUGUCUGACCAAACCACGCAUAAGUUACAAUGAAGACGUACUGACAGAAGAUAAAGGUGAAUGUGUCAUUUGCUUUGAAGAUCUCAGUCGUGGAGACACAAUUGCACGUCUUCCUUGUCUUUGCAUAUAUCACAAAGGGUGCAUUGACAAGUGGUUUGAGAAAAACCGCUCCUGCCCAGAACAUCCAGGAGAUUGAUGUUACAGGCAUCACAUCUAGUGCCAGUAAGGGACACUUUUGAGGGCAUAAGCAAUCGUCAUGAAUGUUUGUCAGAAAUCAUGGCCGCACUAGUGUUUUUCUGGGAUGUUUAUUACAAAUUGUCACUUAUAGACUUGGUCUUGCGGUGUCAAAUAUUUGAGUCAAAACAUUUGCUGUAUUUAAAACAGGUGGUGUUGUUCAGUCAAACAAAAUUUGCAACUUGCAACCAGGCUCUGAUGAGCCAGCCACUGAGAACUGACCUGCACUGGCAGAGGGAAUUCAGGGCUUUGCUUGAUCUUAGAUCCAAGUUUGGUUUCUUGGAUUUUUCAACUGGACAGUGUUAUUUAAUGAUGAAGCACCAAUAAGGAUGAGUCAGCUUUGGAUGUGGCAUCUUGUGAUACUGAUCCAGGCUUCUUACCAUGUCAGUUGGAACUGUGAUCUGUUUUCUGCUCAUCUCAGUUAUCUUCUCGGUCAACUGUUGGAUGGUGUUGUAAUAGAAUUCAGGACUAAAAUGGCCUGUCAUGAUUCUGUGAUUUUUUUUUUUUUUAAAUGAAGUUUACAUGCUUUGUACAGGUGCCGAUGUAUAUGUAUAUGAACCUGUGUAUAUGUAUGUGAGCAAGAGAGAUAGGGAUAUCUUCAAAAUGUGGAGACAUAAAAUCUGUACAUUUGCACUUGUUGUGUAUAUGCAGAUGGUGGAUGUUGAAUAGUGGUGGCAGCAUUAGCAAAUCUUUUCAUGAUGCUUGUUGUGAAACUGGUUGAAUGACUUAGAAUCUAUGAUCAAAACAUUACAUUGUGUUCAUAUAAAAGCUUGAACUAGAAGACGAAGUAAAGAUAUAUUUGUCAUCACAAGGUUUGAUGGUAGCUUUAUAAGUGAUUCUGCUGUAUACCAAACCCACCUGUAAAUACUUAUGUGCAUCCUUUCAUACUCUCAUUUCCAGCUUCCUUGCGGCUACAUUGCAAUUUAUGAAUGUGUAAGAAAGGUGUAAUUGGUUGUAAAGGGUAAGGACAGGGUGGGAGGUUGUACAAACUACCGGGAAAGUCUUAGAAUGAAUGAAAACGAUUCUCGUAAAUUGGCAUUAAACUGAAGUAAAGUGUUAUUGCCUUCUUUGACUUGUGCUUACAGUUAACAAGUUUGCAUAAUGAUCAUCUUGCUUCCAGACCUCCUGUAGUACAACAUGGAUUUUAUUUAUGUUAAAUUUAAAAUGAAAUCUAAAAUUGAUGUUUUAUCAAUUAAUCUACACUCAAGUGCAAGCUAUGUGAUGGGAGACUCCAUCAGUAGCUUUUUAACUUGUAAUAUGAAUGAUCAUUUUGUGAUCUUGAAUAUUCUAAAUAAGUAGUUUUGAAGUUGAGAGAUUUAGCAGUGUCAGUUAUUUUAUUUCCAAAUUUUUUAAGGUUGUCUUUGAAGAUUUUAAGUGUCAGCUUUGCUGAUGCAUUUAGUUUUUUCUUUAAGUAUGUAAUAAUCAAAAUGUGGCACUACAUCUAUGGGCAACAGCUGAUGAAAAUAAAGUCCAGUUUUUUUGAUUGGCUCAGUUGCUUCAUCUUUAUGUCACAGUCUUACUGCAAGAUCAGGUGUUUUUGGUUCUGUACCCUACCAGUUCACAUACUCUAAUGAGAGUUAUUUUCACAGAUGGUCAUGGUGUGUCUAGGAAAUUGAAGAAGCAAAAAUCAUGCAGUAUAAUACAUGUUUGCAUUCUUUACACCUAUGUUGUUUUUUUAGGGUGUGUCUAAUAAAAAUUCACACAAGCUUGGUUGUUGCUCCAUGUUUAGUUGAAAGAAUUUCUUGGCAAACAUUUUGAAGAGACAAAGCUAGUCAGCUGAUGGCCUGAUCCAGUAUUUCUUAUUUUAUGAUUGGUUAGCUAAAAUGCCGUUAAAGGUUGCAGCACCAUCAUGUAAAAUAUUAAGUAUUGCAUACUGACCACGUUUUGUAAUGAGGACAUUAUAAGGGACUAAAAUUAUUUGGCAACAUUUGUAAAAGGUUAUUAGUGCUGUUGUAUCUUUGAGACGUGGAGAACUACAGCUAAUUAAAAUGAAAUAUCAUGGGACAUACCUGUUUACUGUUGGUAAUGUAGUGUGUUACCAUCUCACAGCUUUGUUAUGUAGGAGUCUUAGAACAAGUUCACAGGCUUUUAUUAUACUUUCAGUUAUAGAUGCAUAAGCUGUAUUGGAAAAUAUGUGCAACAGAAUACUUUCUAAUAAGAAAAAGCUUCAUAUUAUGUAACACAAUACAGAAAACAGGAUGAAGUAGUAACAGAUCUUGGAGUAAUGAGGAAUGAAAAUUACUUAUCAAGAAGAUGUGCCGUUUGAGUGUGUAGAAUCUUCGUAAUGGUCAUCUACUUGUUCUGGAAAAUGUCUGCUGUCUAAUGAGUGUUAGGAAUGCUGGAAAAUGGGGAUAAGACAAGGUUGUCAUUAACAUCAAGUAGACUGUACUGAUAGAUUAGAGAUUUGGUUUUGAACACGCGCAAACAUUUGUGAACAGCAGUUUUGGAAGAUUAUUAAGAAUGUAAACAAUUUCAAAAUAUUUUUGAAUAAGCUGCAUCAUGUUGAGCUGUAGGUUAUGUGGCUUUUGUCUGCAGAUAAUGCAGUUUGAGCUGUUGUCAACAACCUGUUGUGCUGCUGGUAGGAGUCAGUUCUAUAAUAAUGUUAUCAGUGUUUGAGAUAUGUCCUUCAGCUUGGAUUGGUUGUUUUUUCCUUCAUAGUUUUCAGAGUGUAUGUUAACUCAUUCAACCAACAGUUGCAUAUACAUUGAUAUAAGGGAAUCACAAUUCCAUCUUAAAAACUUUGCAACACUGUGGUUAUUGGCUUGUUCAUUGCAUUUCUAGAAGUGCAAGCCUGAAAAGUAUCAUUUAGUGCUUUUGGAGGAGCAAGUGCCAUCAGCCUAGGUGAAUUUUCAUAUAUUACAAAUUUCUACAGGCUACCAGAAACAUGUCUUUAACAGAAUUUGUUCUCUUACUACUCUAGUCAUUUAUUAGGAUGCAGUGUUUGUGUAUUAACUGAAUAAAGCUGAGUGCAUUGUUUGGUCUCAUGACCGUCUGGUAUUUUAUUGUGUAGGCUAUGUGCAUUAAUAGACCUCUGAUGGAGCUUUGAUUUAGGCAGGUAUGCUCAGUGUUGUACGGGUGGAAGAGGAUGCAUGUAAUAAAAUAAUAUACUCAAGGUCAUGGGAACAGCUAAAAUAUUUUUAAAUGAUAUUGCUGCUCAUAUCUUAGAUGCUUGCUAUUUGCAUGUGGUUGUCCAUGUAUAUUAAAAAUUUCUAAUUUUCUGCACGUGCACACGAAUCCAUGCACAUAAAUACACAGCGAGAGAGAGAAAGAUUGAGAAGUGUUGGAAUAGUCUUCUCAUUAAAUCAAUGAGAUUUAUGCAUUAUGUUCUGUUUAUUUUAUUGUCUUUUCGGUUAUUUUGGACAAGCCCAUUUUCCUUAAUGCCAUGAUUCAUUAGUUUUAAUUUGGUUUAAAAUUAAGUACAAUUUGUUCUUGAAAUUCUGCUUGGCUAUUUAGAAUUUCCUGAGAUUACAUUAAUGUAGAUUUUAUUUUUGCUUCUCGAGUUUUUUGUCAUCACUUACCUUUUUUUUUUUUUAAAUGCUCUUUACAGUUUAGCAUUUCUUGCUGCUCCACUAAGUAAAUGUGGCUUUUUGACUAAAAAAUGUUUCAUUUGUAACAUUUUCAACAUACUGAUUAUGUCAAAUUUAGUUUUUCUUUUUCUCUUUGGCCAGAAAUUAACUUUGGCAAUCACAUAGAUCUGAAGUUGUAGCAGUUUGCUUGGUUAAUCUUGCUGAUUUUGAUAGUUUUAUAAACCUUGCCCUGUCUGACCUCUAAGUUAGUUAUGGCUUUAAAAAGUAAUGCACACUACUUUUCUUUGAAAUGCUAGUAAAAGCUUUGUCUGUGUCUGUGCAUACAUUUGCAAGUGUGAAUAAAAAUGAGAAUUUCAGUUAACAAAUUGUGUGCAAGUUGCAGAGUGUAUUUUUACAACUGACUGAACACAUAAAACAUGUGUGGGAAAAGCCCAUGGCAUAUCAUUAAAUCUGGUUCCAUUUUUGGAAGUCAUCAAGGCAUGUCAAACUAACUUGCUGAAGGUCUAUUUUUGGGAUUGAUGUAAAACUUCAUCAUUGUGCAUUCUUUAAAGUCAACUGCUUUGUCAUUUUGGAUGUUGUCCCCAAGUGGGAUUGCUUUUUUUUAAAAAUACUUCUGUUUUAGCAGUUUAAAAUGUUGUCAAUUAUGCAGUCAGCCUCAUGUACUUUGUAGCAAUACUGGAUUCAAAAUGUUCACUACAGAGGCAUAUAUUACAGCCAUCUUUUAGUUUUGGUAAACAUAAUAUGUAUAUAAUAAUUAGUGUGCUGAGCGCAUGCAUUUUGAUGGGAGUGUGGGUGUUGAUAUGUGUACCUGUGUCUACAGAGACUUGAAAGGAUUCUUUGUGGCAGUUGCAGUUGCUUAGUGACAAGAUAUGUGAAAACUGAUUCAUGAUCUAGGCAUUGUUGGAUCUGAAAAACUGUAAUUUUCUGCUGAUAAUUGGAACCUGAAUAUAAUUUUAAAAUGUAAUUAUUUUUUUAAAAUUAGCUUAUGCUUUGAUGUCGGUGUGUGCCAUUAGACACUGUUCAUAUCCAAUGAAAUUACUAAAAUUUGCUGCCCAUGGCUCACUGUAGAUGUUAGGUGAUUAAUUUCUCACCUUUGCAGAGUUGUCUUCCUUCAGGGCAGGGUAUCAGUUUUGUGACUUAAACUGAAAGCAUGCUGAAUGUAAUUUUUGUACUAUUUUAAGUAAUGACAGAAAGGUCUUUUUUAACCAUACAAAUAUGGAUAAUGUUUUACCAAGUUUGACAAAACCUUUACGUGAUAGUUGUUUAUGCUACAUGACAGUUGUAAAACCUUUGCCAAACUUGGUCAAAUGUUCAUCUAUAUUAGUGCAGUUAAGAAUAGCCUGAAACUUAUUGUCUAAAAUGUUAGACUACUUUAAAAUGAUUAAAAUCUUGCUUGCAAUCCAUAUAAAGUUUUUAAGUGGCCUUAGUUAAAAAUGGAGACAAUAUGAAAUCUGCAAUUGAUAGACUGUGGUUUUCAACAAUUAUUUCUAUAGUAUCAGAUGGGUAAAAGGAGAACUAGUUCAAAUGCUUUUAGUUUCACUGUCAGAAUUGUUGGAGUGACAAUUUCACUUGUGAAUUUGUCUUCACUAUUCUGAAUAAUUCAUGUUUCUCAUUGAAUAAAGCAUUUUUUUUUUAAACAAAAGACCAGUGAAAUUGCUAGUAGGGCUGAAAUGGUAGAUGCUGACGUUUUGAAUUGUUUCUGCUCAAAAUCUAAGGUUGUAAAACAAUCUUUUACUUAUAUUUAUAUCUGAAACACAGCUCUUGAGCAGAACAGAGGCAAUCUUUGUUUUGUCAUCAAAACCAUCCAGCACCAGUGUUCGCUUGUCAUGAAUUUGAGUUUGUUUUCCUUCUGUAAAAGUAUGAAAUGCUGUAGCCUGCAAGAACAGCAUGUUUUAGACACAGCUGUAAGUAAAUUGUUCAUUGGAAACCUAACAUAUUGAGUGGAAAUGACGUAAAACAUUAGUAUCUAUCACUGAGCCCAACUUGCCUUUUCCUUUGAAAAACAGCAGCAGACAAAAUUUCCCUAGAUCAACAUUUAACUUACACAAAAUAUAUUUUUUAAACUGGUGUAAUUUUUUAGUUAUUUUAUGAUCAUAUGUUUUUUAAGUGACAUCAAGCUCUGACAUAGCAUUUCUAUGUUGUUUAAAUUGACACCUUGUGUUUAUAUAUGUGUACUUCUGAUGCAUACACUGUUCUGACGUGUAUAUGGAAGUAAAGAGAGGUACUUAUGUGAUGCGUCAAA